CCAGGAUCUCUCAUGUUUGUGUGGGUGUUCGCUACUGCCUGGACAACUCCUGAUUCACCUCCAAAGCUGAGGGUUCCUCAGAAGAAGAUGGUCUAGAGCCAGCGCAGCUGCCACCUUCAGUCAUUUUGUGCCCUGGAUCCCAGAGUGGAAAUGGCAGCAGCCCAGGGGACAGGCAGCAGUUCAGCUGGGCCCUCGGGGCUCCCCAGCUCUGCCCCAGGACACAGCAACUCCCCGGCCGUGGCCGUGUGGGAAUGGCAGGAUGAAUUCGGGAGGUGGAGGCCCUACCGAGGGAGCGUGUGCAGCUACAUUGAACAGGUUUUCCAAGCCUCUCAGCAGAAGGGCCGGCGUUUGGGGCCGGGACCUGGCAACAGCAUCCCCUUGGGCCAUGCUGAUGCUGUCUUGGCCCCCUACGUCAUCGAUAUCCCAAGUUUGACGCAGUUCCGACAGGAUACGGGGACGAUGCGAUCCGUCCGCAGGCACCUCUUCCCUCAGGACUCUGCUGCUGGGCAGGGCGUCGUGUGGGAAUGGCAGAACGAUGAAGGCGGGUGGUCCCCCUACGAGAUGAACGUCUGCGUGUUCCUGGAGCAAGCCCACGCCACAAACCAUCAACGGGUGGACCUUGGGCCUUUAGGCUACAACUAUGAAGUUGACUUCGUGGCUCAAGUCCAGACCAACAAGACCACGAAGUUCCGACGAAGCGUUCAGAGACGCCUGGACGUUCCUUACCCAGUGACAGCCACGUCAGGGCCUGUUCACGCAGGGAUGGUUUGUUCUUGUCAACAGUGCUGGUUUAACAGUGGGACUGGCCCUAUCACCAUGCGCUACCGGCACUCCAUGAUAAACUUCCCCAACUCCUCCACUGCACAUCAAGUUUCCAGUCGGACAACGUCAGUAAGUGCUUCUGGCCUUGGCUUUGUGCCCUAUAACAAACCAGCUUUGUAUGGAGCAAGGUCAACAACAAGACUCAAUGCACAGAGCACCUGGGCUUUGCCUCAAGCUGGAGGUGCCGGGGGCCCCAGCACAGGACUCCCUGCGUCUAACGGACUCAGGAGCCAGCGGAUGGAGCAGCAGGGGCUGCGUCCCGAUUCCCACCUCUGGAAAAUGGUCUUGGGGCCCCCCAACAGCAGCUUCUCGGAGGCAGCCUGUGGCAUCCUUGGCACGAUGCUGGUCCUCCCCAAGCCCACGGGAAGCGACCACAACGCGUCGUUCAACCCUUUGCUUGCAGCUACGCUGACUCGCAGGAGGAUUCAGGAGCUCUGCGUCUGCCUCGGUGGCAAAGGUGGGACGCUGAAACCUUCACAAAAGAGAAGGUGCAAGAGGCUGUUCCAGGCUCUGAGGAUGCAGCAGGCGAUUGCAGAGAGACGAUCAGUCCUACUUGGAAGGCUGGUGGAGGAGCCUGGCAGCCUCUGUGAUGGGCCUGGCGACGGGUAA